AAGAGAGAGAGAGAGGGGGAUUGUGGCCUUCGCCUUCCUCGUAGAGAGGCGGAGUCCGGCCAAAGUGGUCGUCGGGGGAGGGGGAGGGGGAGGGGCGGGUUGUCGAUGGCCGUCUCCUGGUCCUCCGCCAUCAGGAUCUCCCUCCUCGUCCUCCUCGUCGCCGCCGUCGUCGCCGCUUUCUUCACCCUCCCUGUCCAAAAGAUUUUGAACGACUUUUUGGUGUGGAUAAAGCAGAAUGUUGGUCCGUGGGGUCCUGUUGUGCUGGCUGUUGCAUAUAUUCCUUUGACAAUUCUAGCUGUUCCGGCAUCAAUACUUAGUCCGAUUACUCUUGCGCUAGUGUAUGUCGGUACUACUUUCAAGGAUCUAGCUGAUGUGACACAUAGAUGGAAUGAGGUUUCAUCUACUCAUUGGGUACUAAUGGUAACUGGGCUGGCAAUAUCUGCUAUCCUUAUGGUAUGUGUCACGAGAGAAACGCAUGCAUAUUUGGAUAAGGCAUUGGUUGAGAAUACAGUGGUAGAGAACAUCCUAAUCAUCACGACGCCACCAUCGUCACCUCCACCGCCACCACCGGUGUCACCCGAGUCACCCUUGCACCUACAGCAACCUCUUAUGAUCAAGAUGGACACUUCAAAUGUCGAUCGCGUGAAAUAAUUUCUUUCUUUUUCUUUUUGUUUUUCUUAGUGUAAAUCAUUCCCCCAUCAUUUUCUUGGGGCCCUCAUUAAAGCUAGCCUUGGUUUUCAAGGAACCACCAUAGCUCUAAAGCAGCAGCAGAUACAUGCUGCUAUUUCUUUGUUAGAUAACAUAGGUUCUUAUCUAACGUAACUCUUAACUUGGCCACAUGUAUUAAUGUUUUACCGACACUAUUAAUGCAAUUAACAUC